CCACAAACAGAAUCUUCUUGCUCAUUGUCAUGCACUUAAGAGAUUCAAUGAUGAAGACGAGGCACGAAAUUUAUAUCAAGCUGCAACUACGGAGAAAGUGGCUUUGCUCAAGCUUUUGCAAGUGAAGAUCGAGGAGAGUCAUACGAAAAUGCAGCAAGGUUGGAUGGUUUGGCAGCAAUUACAGGCAAAUGCGCGUGAGAGGGAGAUCACAUUGGACAUGAUUAGCUCGCAAGGAGAAAUACAAAUUCAAAGACUGGAGGAUCUGGCUUUGGAAGCUCGCGAGCAUCGUGAUGAAUAUCUUAUCUUUCAAAAGGAGCGCAUGGAGCAAACUCUGCUUACCCUGUCCAAUUCGGCAAACGAAAUGAUGUACAAGUCGACAGAAGAAAUCUCAAGAGCUGUAUCUGAUGCCAUGGCAAAGCAAGAAAGUCGUCACAAGAAUAGCAUUACCAAGCAGAACAAGAACUUUGGCAAACAAAUUGCAGCACUGGUUUCAAUCGAGCAUGAUCUGAGUGCUGUCUUUGAGAAGAAUCAGAAGAUUUUAGCUGCAACGUACGAUGAGCACAUCACCUCACUACAUACAGCGCAAGGAGAAGCAAACCAAAUCUCAACAUCAUUGGCACAGGCGGAAGACAAAUUGCAAUACCUCAUGGAUCUGCACGCUUCGCAUACUCGAGCUCUUUUGGACGAAGUGAUGUCCGCUCAGGGCGUCAUGAAUGCUGCAAGUGCUAUGUUGAAUGAGACAGUAACGCUCAAGUUGGGUAGCAACCUUGAGAGAAGCUGGUUCGGUUCAAUGAUGGUAAAGUUGCUUCCCAACUCAGUCGUUCUGGAUGCCAAGCUUACCAGACUUGCUCGCAGAUACCGUAGAAGUAUGUGCCACCGUAAUGCCCAAGAUUCAACACGAUGACACUGACUAUCUUUCCUUCUCCACUCAGUCAAAGCUUUGCUGAAGCUGACCAAACUCGUUGGAGCUGUUUCAGCUUUCGUUCUCCGUUCAGUGUUUGAUACUCUUUGCGACGCGAUCCGCAAAUUAAUGGUAAGUACAUGCUUGUCGACUGUUGGGUACGAUGAGAAUACUGACAUCGUUCUGAUUCAGGGAGGAUCGAUGCUUUUCAUGCUUCUCUGGAAAGCAAUCGUACGCUCAAAAUAUCGUCGUAUCGUUCGCACACAUCUGCCUGCCAUUUUGGCCGCUCAAGAGA